UGUUACGUCCCUUGCUGCUCAACAGUUUCCUGCCAACGUCCCGUUACGACACACCGUUACGUUAUUCCAAUCAGAGUCACGGGAUAGCGAAGGGAGCGAAUAGCGAACGGAAUCGGUCUUUAAAAAGGUUUUAAUGCAACCACCUGCCGUUGUUAAUCGAAGGAUAAUCAAAGGAUAAUAAGCAACCCCCCUCCCUUCACCGUUAUCGGCCGAACGCUCGUUGUUUGUUUUAGUGCGACUCCAUUUUUUUUCGCGUGUUUUCUUCGGUUAUAUAAGUGAGAAUUUGACGGUUAACAAUUCAAGGGAUACUACAUAUUCCUCCCCGAAAAGGGCAAACAAAGUAAAGCUGCCCCUUAAAUUAUCUUUAAAAGCAUGCUAGAGUAGAGAGGAAAUGUAGGUCUCCAUGUCAACGAAAAAAUAUUGCACUCCACCUGAUAAUUUAACCUCCAUCGCCCUGGCAAACUUGGCCUAAACUAAUUGCAGGUCGAAAAUGAAAGUAAAUUUCAUUACACUACAUUAGUGAGUGGGCGGAAAAUGUUGAGGGGGCGAUGGUGGGUUAAAAAGGACUCACCGUUGAUUGAUUUAUUGUGUGGACUUAGACCCAGUCACGCAAACCCCAUAGAUGCCCCAAUGUGUGUGGAUCGUUUUCCUUUGCAUGAUUUGAUUGAUGGAAAGCACACAUGGAAAAAUUAUUCUAAUCUAAACGAUUUUAAAUUAAAUAAAUAUUUAACAGGUUUUGAACUACUAUAUUGCAUUGAAUUAUCUAGAAAAUAUUAGAACUUUAACAUGAUUUUACAUUUCUAAUAAUCAAAGAACAAUCUGUUAUCAAAAAUAUUGAUUUAACUCUUUGCAUGUAUUUUAAACAUACUGUCAUAAUUAUAAAUUCCUGUUUAAAUCAAAAAAUACUAGCAAGUUGGUAAACAGAUUUAUUGUCAUUGGUUUUUGAAAUCCAAGAUAAGCAAAUAAGUUUCAUAAAAUACUAAAUAAAUCAAAGUAAAAUUCGUUAUGAAAAUAUAUUGAUGCAACUCUUUUCAUCUAGUUUUAACUAACUGUCAUAAAAUCAGUAGUUUUUUAUUUUAAAUGAAUAAUUUUUAAUCAAUUAAGACGUAUUUAAAAAAUUGACAUUUUCUUUUUUAAAUCCAAGAUAAGUUUCAUAAAGUACUUAAUAAUAUUACUACGAAUAAUCCCCUCCAACUUUCACUUAUUUCUUUGAGUAUUGAAGUUGUUUCUUUCUGUGCAUGCAAGUUGUAUACAAUUAUUAGUAACACAUAUUUCACUUGGAAAAAAACAGCUAGCGGCACAGCGAUGGCGUCUACUACUAAUGCACCGUUAUCACCUGCAAUUAAGCACUAACAAAAGCACCAAGCCACAGUAAAAACACAAUACCAGACCUAAAAAUAGACCAACUAAAACACAACUGAAAGGGCUUAAAAUGCGAUUGAUUUAGCCACCCAUAUAAGUAUGCUACGAAAAAUGUCCAUUGAGUAGCUAGUUGCCAGAACGCAACACCAGGUGGCGCCAAAAGGAGUGAAAACUGAGGAAAAUUUGAAGAAACGGAAACGGAAGUGAUUUAGCACACUUAGGCCCACACACACAGACACACACGCACAUACCCACACAGCACCCACACACACGCACACAAAUCUAGUACUCUGUAAUAAGUCGAAAUAAUAAUAAAACGCAAUCAUGGCCAACACAGCUCAGUUAUUGCGUCGUCAAAGCUCCCGGGAUAUAGUCCUCAAAAGCCAGAAGAGCAUCGAUCAGCUGGAACUGAGGGAACUGCGAGGUCGCCUGGUAUCGAAGGAGCAUGGCGUCGGCCACCACCACCACACAUCCUUGCACCACCACCAGCCACUGUAUGGGGCCACCAACCAGGGCUUCAUGUCGGACGCCUUCGACGAGUCCUCGGAGCUGGAGCAGGACCCGCCGCCCUUCGGCUCGGAGGCGAGCACCUCGAAGGCCAAGGCCGAGCUGGUGGCCAACGCCUCCGCCGUCGCCGCCGAUCAGCAGGACAUCGUCGAGGGCGAAAAGGAGGGCGAGGAGCGCGAGUCCUGGGACAGCAAGAUCAUGUUCCUGCUGGCCACCAUCGGCUAUGCCGUUGGCCUGGGGAACGUGUGGCGCUUCCCCUAUUUGGCCCAGAAGAACGGGGGCGGGGCCUUCCUGGUGCCGUACUUCAUCAUGCUGUGCAUCCAGGGCAUACCGAUAUUCUACCUGGAACUGGCCAUUGGCCAGCGACUGCGGAAGGGGGCGAUCGGGGUGUGGAGCCAGGUGUCGCCGUAUCUGGGCGGCAUCGGGAUCUCGUCGGCGGUGGUCAGCUACAUAGUGGCCCUGUACUACAACACGAUCAUCGCCUGGUGCCUGAUCUACCUGCUGCACAGCUUCGAGUCGCCGCUGCCGUGGGCCGACUGUCCGACGCGGCUGUACAAGAACUUCACCUAUGACCACGAGCCGGAGUGCGUGGCCUCGUCGCCGACGCAGUUCUACUGGUACCGCACCACGCUGCAGUGCUCGGAGUCGGUGGACCUGCCGGAGAACUUCAACUACCACAUGGCCAUUGCGCUGAUCGUCUCCUGGUUCCUGGUCUACAUCUGCAUGGUGCAGGGCAUCACGUCGUCCGGCAAAAUCGUCUACAUGACCGCCAUCUUCCCCUACGUGGUGCUCAUCAUAUUCUUCUUCCGUGGCAUCACGCUGAAGGGAGCCGCCGACGGGGUGGCCCACUUGUUCACGCCGCGCUGGGAGACGCUCCUGGAUCCGGUGGUCUGGCUGGAGGCCGGCACCCAGAUCUUCUUCUCGCUGGGCCUGGCUUUCGGCGGACUGAUCGCCUUCAGUUCGUACAAUCCGGCCAACAACAACUGCUACAGGGACGCCUUGCUCGUGUCGCUCACGAACUGCGGCACCUCCAUGUUCGCGGGCGUGGUGGUGUUCUCGGUCAUCGGGUUCAAGGCCACGGCCACCUUUGACCGCUGUACCGAGGAGCGGAACGGGCUGAUGGCCCAGAACAGGACGCACAACCUGCCCGUAUGUGAUCUGCAAACCGAGCUGGCCAAUAGUGCAUCUGGCACUGGAUUGGCCUUCAUCAUCUUCACGGAGGCGAUCAAUCAAUUUCCGGGCGCCCAACUCUGGGCGGUACUAUUCUUCCUGAUGCUUUUCACCCUGGGAAUCGACUCGCAGUUCGGAACUCUCGAGGGCGUGGUCACCUCGCUGGUGGACAUGAAGCUGUUCCCAAAUCUGCCAAAGGAGUACAUUGUGGGGGGCCUCUGCUUUUCCUGCUGCCUGAUUUCCAUGUGCUUUGCCAACGGAGCUGGCAGCUACAUUUUCCAGCUCAUGGACAGUUUCGCCGGCAAUUUCCCUCUGCUGAUCAUAGCGCUCUUCGAGUGCCUGUCCAUCAGCUAUAUUUAUGGAGUGCGGCGAUUCUCGGACGACAUAGAGAUGAUGACCGGGUCGCGCCCGAACUUCUACUGGAUGUUCUGCUGGAAGUACUUGUCGCCCUGUGCGAUGGUCACCAUCCUGCUGGCCUCCUUCUACCAACUGCUGACCGAGGGCAGCAGCUACCCCGCAUGGAUCGGGGCCAAGGGUGCCUCCGAGAACCAGGAGUGGCCCCACUGGUGCAUCGUCGUCGCCUUCUUCCUGAUCCUCUCGUCCAUCCUGUGGAUCCCCAUUGUGGCGGUGCUGCGUCUGUGCGGCAUCAAGGUGGUGGAGGACUCGGAUCCAGCCUGGUUCCCCGAGGCGGAGCUCAGGGAGGUCCAUGGCAUUGUGCCCCACGAGCCGACCGAACUGGAACGCAGCAUUUUCUGCUUCAACAUGGACGGAACGGAGGGCAUGUGCUGCCCCAAGUACGGACUUCCCGAGAAGUCCCUCGAGGAGGAGGAGUAGGCCCCAAGGGGUCCCCAAUCGCAAUGAACAACAACGACAAUAAGCCCGAUCAGAACCCAAUGAAAUAUAACGAAUAUCGAUGUAAAUAUGGACAAUAACUAAGCACUCACCGAUGUUAGCGGCGUCGAUAUAAAAAACACUCCUAUAUGGUCCCAAAGACUGUUAAAAAAACAUAACAAAUAAAGCAAAGCAGCCACAACAAGGAAAAUAGGAAAAUAGCAAUAGUAGGUAAAAACUCGACGCUGGAUGCGCGGUUUCAUUCAAGCAGAAAGCUAUAGAAAAUCAGAAAACAUUAAAACAAAGGCCGUAAUCAAUGGAAAUAUUUCCGCAUAACUUCAUUACCAUGUGGCCAUAUAUAUAUGCGAUUAUUGUUCACCAUUUUACCAUUAAACCAUUUUACCUUUACUUUUGGGUUUCUUUUUCGAAAGGGCCACCCUUAUAGGGUCUACAUAUCCGAUUUCGCCAGCAAAGAGAAACCGCACUCUUUGCCACAUCAAAAUGCAAAAUGCACGACUUGCUGACUAUAUACGAUAUAUCUAUAUACGAUAACUACGCUGUAUUCUAGACUUAAUUGUUUGAUUUGACCAUAUCAUGCGAGCAUAGAGCACCACCUAUAAGAGAUAUAUACCUAUAUAAUUAUGAUAUAGUGACUUUGACCUUUGACUUUAUACCUAGCACAGUUCAUUCUCUGUUGUGAUCAGCUCGGCUUUCUGUGUUUACUGUUGUUUAUCGAGGAUAAUGUUGCUCGUGCAGACGAAAUCAUAUCACAUCCGAAACUAUGCUUAAAACUUUAACAAACCACUUUAACGUCUCAGUGUUAUAGAGAAAUGGAAGCAUGGGAGAUAUGUUAUGUUUUGCUCCAAUCAAAAGCUAUACGAUUAAAAUUACUUGUUGAUAUCCGAUUUCAUCGCCAUAGCUCUCCACUCCAUUGUACUUAUGAUCUACACACUCGAGAUUAUAUGGUAUAUAUAUAUAUUUACAUUAACAUUAACAUUAACAAAACGCAAACGCAACCGUUCAACUAGGUGGAAAAGGAACUCUAUAUACAUAUACUAUACAUAACUGGAGAAGGCAGCUUUGGGUUUUAUGACUCACCAUAUCAUCGCAUUAAAGAAUUAUUAUUAUACAAAAUAACGAAUAUAAAUAAAAAUAUAUUUAUGGGUCUUGAAAUGCUGCUAUCGGGUGUGUGAAUUCGUUUUAAAAGAUCAUGUACACGUUUUGGACUUUAUUUUCCAAGGAACACGGCCAUUUUAAAAAUCAAGCAAAAUAGAAAACCCUUUUAAAUCAAUUCACUCGCCCAGAAAGCAAUUGAUUUCACUGUAUUAUAAAUUCUACAUUUAUUUAUGGUAUAUUUACAUCGAUAUAUUAUACACAUCUAUUUAGAGCCAAAAAAAAACAUAUAUUAUACAUGUAUUAAGUGUUAUUGAUGUUGACAAUAAAGAACCCCUACGAAACGAGUUUUAAACCAAAACGAAACAGAUGCGAUAUAUAAAGAACACAACACAACCCACAGUUUGAAAAAAUCCAAAAAGUGAAGUAUAAAACAAAAGCAUAAAUAUAUUUACGUCGAAGCAAUAACUAUAUAAUUACUCGAAGAGAUUCUAUUAUUAUUACUAUAUUGUUAUCAUUAUUUUACUCGCUUUCAAGGGUCUCGUAAUUGAUGUAAAAUUCACUCAUUCGUACUGAACACAUGAAACGAUGAUAAAGAUUAUACCACGUAUCAUAAUUUACCAAUGUUUAAUUCGCAACUGAUAAAAAUAACGAAAAUUCCAACUAAAUGACAAUAAACAAAAUAAAAUUUAA